UAUUAUAUUCGGCUUGUAAACACGCAAGAAAACACAUGCUUUGGGGGGUUUGAAUUCACGAAGGCAAAAAAAAUAUAUCAGCCGUGCUGAAUCCUUUCCUUAAGGGUCAGUCCCGAGUCCAUUCUGGUUUUUCCAAAUUUCUAUGCUACCCGAUGACCCGAUGGGCGUUUGAUUGAUUGACGUUUGACGUCGUAUGACGUAAGGCACGUGUUGAUCACUUUUCUCUUCUCUACCAUCGCUGUUGGUUUGUGACUGCAAACGUUCUCUUGUAUUAAUUUCUUUUCUCUUUUCAUUGUUUAACCUUUUCUUUAAAAUGGGAGAUCAAGAUAUCAGCAAGCGUAUCUUCGUCAAAGGUUUCAACCGUGAAACCACAGAAAGUGAACUUAGAGCUUUUUUCGAAGAAUACGGUGUGGUGAAGGAGAGCAAGAUCGUGAGAGACAAACACGGAGUGAGCAAAGGUUAUGCAUUUAUUACGUUUGAAAGUCAAGAAGUCGCCGACGGAUUGCGAGACAAUAAAGGACUUGAUUUCAAAGACAAAGUAUUGAGUAUCGGUCAAGCGGUUAGGAGGAAGAGUAGCCGAUCGUACUCAAGGCAUUUUCACUGGCAAUCCGGCCACAGACAAGAUCUGUUCCAAGAUGGCGCCACUUCUGGCAUCUUCUACUCGGCUUCUGUCGACGGAAACACAGUUUACUACCCGAUACAGCAUCCACAGUUUAUGGUGGUUGCACAACCAUCAUAUUCUCCUCAUCUUGGCUACCCAUCGCAGAGCCUGUACCAGCCUUCUCCUCACCCAUCUACUCAUUUAUACUCGCCGAACGCCCAAGCAGCGAUGGUCGGAGGGCCGUAUGUGACAACUGCAACGCUUCCAUUGGCAUGGAACGACUACACUUCUUUCAACCGGGUGCGACCGAUCGCAUCUAGCGAGACUACAGAAGGCAUUGUGAGCACAUCACCUAGCACAACAUCUCAAAUCGUAACCUUAGCUAUCCCAGAGGGGAACUUUGUGUCAGAUGGGAGCGCCGUAGAUCCGAUAACGACACAGCUUAUUGCGGUUGAAACGGCAAAGAUCAAGCCAGAAAAGCCGGCAGCAGUUAGGUUUAUUACUAAAACCGACCAGUAGUAGAGGGUUUUUUCCAAGUAUAACAUCAUACAACAACAAAGGAGAGAUAAACAACGAUAAGCUUAUAUAGUAAUCAAUGUCCACUUGAUACAAUGUGCAGUCCUAGCUAGCUGAUUUGAUAAUAAUUCUGUACUCAGGAAGGAAAACUUAAAAUAGCAAAAUAUAAUCAUACCAGCAACUCAGCUGACUUUUAACUUGAAACUUUAUCCGUGAAAAUUGGAAAGUAUGUUCUAUAAACGAAUUCCUAAAUAUCAUAACAACUGUAUUUAUUAGGCUCCACCUACCUUUCGAAGGUAUCUCUACUGCAAUAUGCAAAUAUCUAUUAUUAAACAGAUUAAUUUUCUUAUGAAAUACUGCAUAUAAUGUGUAGACACUGUGAAUGUCAUUCACUGCCUCUUUCCCAAAAAAAUAUAAAUUGUUGAGAUUCCUUUAAGACUUACCUACCUUGCACAUUAUUCACUAAUAUGGUACUAACCACAAUCUGAUUGGCUGAUAUGGGCAUUAAAGAUCUCUAUAUGAUCUGAUUAGCGAAUCAAAUCAUAUAGAUCUUUAUGCCCAUCCCAGCCAAUCAGAUUGUGGUAAGUGGGGUCACAGAACUGUAAAAAAACUCAAAGGUUUCUAACUUAACGCAACAAACUUAAAUGCAAUGCACUGAAAACCAUAAACAAAGCUAUAUCACAUCAAGCAUUAUUUAACUUAUAUUUCUGACAGCCCAUAGCAAAAUGGGAAGUCAAGUGAGGUAAUGCCUCACUUAAAGCUUCUAUUCCAUAAUUUAUUAAUCUUGGAAGUAUAAACUAGUAGCUUAGGACACUGUAUGAACUGUGCAGUGAUGUUAAGUGUAAAGUAUAAAUUAUAGGCUAAUGUAUAGAUAAAUAAGUGAAGUGAUUAAAGGUUAUAACCAGAUUUUAAUAAUA